GGGGGUCAGCACUGAGAGAGCAGGCGCACGUCUGGAUAUGUGGGUGCCCAUCCGAACAGCCGGUGCCCAUCCGAACAGCCGCUAGGCACAGGCACAACAGGCACAAGGCAGGCAGGCACGCAGGCACACACAGUGGGUGCGUGGAGAUCGAUCGAUCUUCACAAGCUUUUUUUCUUCUCUCCCUCCCUCGCCUUUCGCUCACCCUGUCCCCGACGCGCGCCACAUCCCCUCACCUGAGACGGCGGGCACCUACUACCCAGGUAGUGCAUAUCUCUGUGCCUCCAUACUCGGAGCUGCUCUGUCGAGCUAGGCUGUCAGCGGACCAUCCCGAACAAUUUCUUUGCGGUCCGCCAGGCUUUUGUGUGAUAAAACACACUCGGCCUCCUCCCGUCUUUCCCUCUCGGUCCCCUUUUCUCUUGCUACUCCGAUGAAGAAGUCCCUCAACUCCUGUUCUUUCUACUCAUCCUCCCCCUCCUCCUCCUCCUCCUCCUUUUUCGCGCCUUCUAUAUCGCAGCCAGGCGUUGUGUCCCUCCCUCACUCUCCUGCUUCACCACUUCCUCCCAGUCCUUGGCUUAUCCACACACCCACCCACACUUGGCCGCACGCCCACACCCGCGCCUCUGGAUAUCGGCAGACAGCACCACCACCCCCGCAGCAGCUCGACCCGAGUGUCUAUCCGCGCCAUAACCGCACCGUCGGCCUGUGCGCCGUCUCAGCCGCCUGGGUUAGUCUGCUUCGUCCAGUCGUUUGCUGAAGCCGGGGCGGCAGGGCCUUCUCCUCACACGCCAGCCAACCUGCCGAGCCUCCAACGAUAAUAAUAAUACCCCGCCCUGGCAGCAAGCUCAGAAGCUACCUCGCAUCCCGCUCGCCCUCCCGCUCCCGCCAGUGCCAUCACAUAUCGCGCAAAUCACGCGCUUGUUUGGUACCGUCAGCGGCGGCAAAAACAUCACACCCUCUUCAUCCUUCUCUUUUCAGCUUCCUGUUCGGGUAAUCCGAACAACGCCAUCCCCCUCGUUGGCACACUUCUUUAGCCGCUCUACCUCGUCAUCUUUCUCUACCUCCACAUCCUCCUCAUCCUCUGCAAGACCAUCCUAUUCAUCAUCCAACAUGAGCUCAGCCAUCGCAUUACAGGUGGCCGCACCGCCGGCGAGUGUUGGUCGAGAGACAAAGCGCCCUCGUAUAAUAGAGCCCGAGGUCGUUGAAGCUGUGGUGCUCAAGGACACGAUUGCAGACAUUGUCCCGGAGAUUGAGGUGGUGCAGGUUGAGAACGCUGCAGUGGCCCAACAUGUCGAGAAUGUUGCGCAGCCCCGGGAGGCGCAACCUGUAGUCCAAGAUACGGAAGGCGAGGUCUUUGUGGGCAGUAUAGACCAGGGGACGACCUCGUCGCGCUUCAUCAUAUUUAACCGCCAGGGGGAGCCGGUCGAGGGCCACCAGAUCGAGUUCGAGAACCUGUAUCCCGAGUCCGGGUGGCACGAGCACGACCCGCUUGAGCUGCUCUCAUCGGUCGAGGAGUGCAUCGAGCAGACGAUGCGCAAGUUCUCGGCGUCCCGGCCUGGCGCCUCGGUGCGCGCGGUUGGCAUCACGAACCAGCGCGAAACGACAGUCGUGUGGGAUUCCGUCACGGGCGAGCCGCUGUACAACGCCGUGGUCUGGCCCGACACGCGGACGGGCGGGCUCGUGCGAGAGCUCCGCGCGCGGGAAGGCAGCGCCGACCUGCUGCAGCUCUGUGGCCUGCCGCUGUCGACCUACCCCAGCUCCGUGAAGCUGCUGUGGCUGCUGCGCAACGUCGAGGCCGUGAGCCGCGCCUACGAGGAGGGUCGCCUCGCCUUCGGCACUGUCGACUCGUGGCUCAUCUACCGGCUCAACGGCGGCGCAAAACCGCCUGGCGGCAGGGGUCCCGUGCAUGUCACGGACGGGACCAACGCGAGCCGUACCAUGUUCAUGAACCUGCGAGAUAUGAGCUACGACGACAAGCUGCUCGGAUUUUUCGGCAUCGACCCGGCCAAGGUGCAGCUGCCCCGGAUCGUGCCCUCGGCGCACCCCACGUCGUUUGGCCAGAUGGCUUCGGGGCCCCUGGCCGGCGUGCGCAUCGCGGGGUGCCUGGGAGACCAGAGCAGCGCCGUGGUGGGACAGUGCGCCUUCGAGGCGGGCCAGGCCAAAAACACGUACGGCACCGGCUGCUUCCUACUGUAUAACGUAGGGCCGGAGCCCGUCAUAUCAAAGUCCGGGCUCCUGGCCACCGUCGCCUUCGACUUUGGGCCGGAGCUGGGCGGGCGCGCGUACGCGCUCGAGGGCAGCAUCGCGGUCGCCGGCAGCGGCGUCAAGUUCCUGCAAGGGAACCUGGGCUUCGCCAAAGAGUCGGCCGAGAUAACGGCACUGGCCGAGGGUGUCAAGGACAACGGCGGGGUCGUGUUUGUCACGGCCUUUAGCGGCCUGUUUGCACCGUACUGGAUCGACGAUGCUAAGGGGACAUUAUUUGGCAUCACACAACACACACAAAAGGGGCACAUCGCCCGGGCGACCCUCGAGGCGACAUGCUUCCAGACCAAGGCCAUCUUGGACGCGAUGGAGCGCGAUAGCGGGCACAGGCUCGGGUCGCUGGCGGUGGACGGCGGACUGUCCAACUCGGACCUGUGCAUGCAGACGCAGGCGGACAUCAGUGGGAUAUCGGUCGACCGGCCGGCGAUGCGGGAGACGACGGCGCUGGGGGCGGCCAUCGCGGCCGGGCUCGCGACUGGGGUGUGGAAGGGGCUCGGGGACCUCGCCGAGGUCGGGCGCAAGAACAGGCGGCUGUUCGAGCCUAGCAAGGCCAAGGGCAACCGCGCGCGCUUCAAACGCAUGUUCGCCAAGUGGGAGCAGGCCGUCGAGAUGAGUCGGGGCUGGGUCAGGGAGGAGCACGAGGCGGACGAGGCGGAUGAGGAUGAAGAAUAGCACGAGGUACGAACAGACAUGAAUUGAUGGCUGGAAAGGGUUUGGCGUCGGUGGUUAUAGGGGGCUACUUUGCAAUACAAGCUGGAAACAUUCUUGUACUGUAAAGAGGCACCAUGGCCUACUGCAAAGAUGGACCGUGUUCAUGCAUGGUGUCCCCGAAGCCCG